GGCGGGGGCCAAGCCGCCGGCCGCCGGGCAGCGCGUCGCCAGCGCGGGCCCCGGGCAGUCCUCGGAGGGCCCCCUCGCGCGGAUCCGCCGCACGGACCUGCAGCGCAUCGGCCGCCUGGGGGUCGGCGCGUUCGGGCUGGUGACCCUGGAGGCCGACCGCCGGACCGGGCGCACCUACGCCCUGAAGGCGGUGUCCAAGGGGUACCUCCAGCACCUGCGCAUGCAGUACUCGGUGCUGAACGAGAAGCGGAUCCUCAAGAUGCUGGACACGCCGUUCGUGGUGCGGCUCCUGGCGGCCUACAACGGCAAGGAGUACGUGUACUUCCUCCUGGAGGCGGCCCUCGGGGGGGAGCUGUUCACCACGUACGAGCGGCUGUCCCUGUACGGGAGCGAGAGGCAUGCGCGCUUCUAUCGGAUAUGGGGUGCGUGA